AUGAGCGAAGAGCAACAACCUCACGCCAAUCUUGUGGUUCCCACGUUUCGAACCGAGAAAGAGCCCAAAACGCAAACACAGAAUGGUAACGGUAGAAGCGUUUGGCGUUUUGGUGGAAGCGAGAAAGCCGCGGAAGCAUCCACCGUAACGCUUAGAGGCGUCAUCUUCAUGCUCUUCGAUAACUGCAGCAAAGAUGUCAAAAAGACCGUUUUACCCCUCGGCCACGGUGACCCUUCAGUCUACUCUUGUUUCCGUACCUGCAUCGAGGCCGAAGACGCCGUCGUCGACGUCCUCCGCUCCGGAAAAGGCAACUCUUACGGUCCCGGAGCUGGUAUUCCUCCGGCGAGACGAGCCGUCGCAGAUUAUCUAAACGGAGAUCUCCCGAACAAGUUAUCACCGGACGACAUUUUCCUGACCGCUGGAUGCAACCAAGGGAUAGAGAUCGUGUUCGAAUCUUUGGCUCGACCAAGCGCAAAUAUUUUGCUCCCACGACCUGGUUUCCCUCACUACGACGCUCGUGCUGUUUACAGUGGUCUAGAGAUCCGUAAGUUCGAUCUUCUUCCCGACAGAGAAUGGGAGAUUGAUCUCGAAGGCGUCGAAUCCAUUGCAGAUGAGAACACUGUCGCAAUUGUUGUCAUUAACCCUAAUAACCCCUGUGGAAAUGUCUAUUCUCACGACCAUCUCAAGAAGGUUGCAGAGACGGCUAGGAAGCUGGGGAUAAUGGUGAUUACAGACGAAGUGUAUGACCGAACUAUAUUUGGAGACAAUCCCUUUGUUCCAAUGGGGAAGUUUGCAUCGAUUGUUCCUGUGUUGACGCUAGGAGGAAUAUCUAAGGGAUGGGUUGUUCCUGGAUGGAAACUUGGUUGGAUCGCCUUGAAUGAUCCCGAGGGCGUUUUCGAGUACACCAAGGUUACUCAAUCCAUCAAACAGAAUCUUGACAUAACUCCGGACCCUUCCACUAUAAUUCAGGUUGCACUUCCCGAGAUCCUGGAGAAAGCAGAUAAGAAGUUCUUUGCAAAGAAGAACAAGAUACUCAAACAUAAUGUCGAUUUGGUGUGUGAUAGGCUCAAGGACAUCCCCUGCGUCGUCUGUCCCAAGAAACCAGAGUCUUGCACUUACUUAUUGACAAAACUGGAGCUGUCAUUGUUGGAGAACAUCAAAGACGACAUUGAUUUCUGCGUGAAGUUGGCCAGAGAAGAAAACCUCGUGUUGUUGCCAGGAGAGGCUCUGGGAUUGAAGAACUGGAUGAGGAUAACCAUUGGAGUGGAAGCACAUAUGCUUGAGGAUGCACUUGAGAGACUAAAGGGUUUCUGUGCACGUCAUGCCAAGAAGACAGAGACAGAAACUGAGUCACUUGAAGCUUUGAAACUGUGA